CAGCUCACACUCACCUAGCCAGUAACACCAACACUGGGUUUAUGUUGAGUUUUUAUGUGCCUUUUCGUACACAAGUUUGAUUUAUUUUUACAGUGAUUCUGUAUAGAAUUUAAGUUGAGGAAACUCAUGUGGAGCCAGAAACACACAAACACUUACUGAAGAGAUUAUUUCAGUUGUACGUCUCAGAUGAUCUUCAGCAGUGAACUUCUCGGUUGGAAUUAAGUAAUCACCAACAUGACAGCUAUCGAAGACGAUGAGGAAAUAGCUGGAGCUGUAGAUGCUCUUUUAGAGGAUGACUAUACAGAGGAGAUGGCUGAAGAGUUUGGUGAUGAGGGGAAUUACCAGGAUGACAUCCCUCAAGAUGAACUGGAGAACAUCUUUGCGGAUUAUGAUAUAGACAUGCCUGAUGCUCCAGAAUAUGAUGAGCUAACACUGAACCAGACAACAGUAUGUGAUGAUGAUGCUCUUCCUCCUGGAAUUCCCGCACCAACUAAUGACCACUUACAUGUCCUUCAAGAAUCAUUUGGUCAUAGUGCCUUUCGCCCUAUGCAGUGGAAAAUAAUCUAUGCUGUAUUGCAGGGUCGUGAUAACUGUGUAGUAAUGGCAACAGGAUAUGGCAAAAGUCUUUGCUACCAGUUCCCUGCAGUGUACACUAGUGGAGUGGCAGUAGUUGUGUCACCACUCAUAUCUCUUAUGCAGGACCAGGUGUUGGCCCUCAAGGCAUCCAACAUUGAAGCAUGUUACCUUGGAAGUGCCCUUAAGAAUAAAGGGGAAGUGUAUUCCGACAUGUUUACUGGCAGAUAUAGAGUCAUUUAUAUAACUCCAGAAUUCACUGAUGCAUGUUCAGAUAUCCUGGUCACACUCAAGAACAGAGUAGGGAUUUCCCUCUUUGCAAUUGAUGAAGCUCAUUGUGUCAGUCAAUGGGGACAUGACUUCAGGGCUGCUUACAGGCGGCUUGGAACUUUGAGAAAGCAGUUUCCCAAAGUCCCAAUUUUAGCGCUAACAGCCACUGCAACUCAGCGUGUACGCAAGGACAUAUGUUCUUCACUUGGACUGCGAUCACCAGAAGUGACUAUUACAAGCUUUGACCGACCAAAUCUCUAUAUUGAAGUGAGGAUCAAGAAAAAAAACAUUUUAUCUGAUCUUCUUCCCCUCAUGGCAAAAGAUUCAUGUGGAAAAUACUAUCCAGAGGGAUCUACCAUUAUUUAUUGCCCCACAAAGAAAGCAACAGAGGAAGUAGCACUAACAUUAAGAGGUUCUGGAAUAAAUUGUGAGAUGUACCAUGCUGGAAUGACGCCAGAUCAGCGAAAGAAAUCUCAUGAAAGAUUUGUUUGUGACAAGGUAGACCUCGUAGUUGCUACGGUUGCCUUUGGAAUGGGAAUAAAUAAACCUGAUGUGCGACGAGUCAUUCACUAUGGAGCACCAAGUAACCACGAGUCCUACUAUCAGGAAAUAGGUCGCGCAGGAAGAGAUGGCCUACCAUCAGUAUGUUCUGUAAUUUAUGCCCCAGGGGAUUUUGCAGUCCACAGGUUUUUUUUGCACCAGAUAAAAUCAGAUGAGUAUCGAAAUCAUCGCAGAAUGAUGAUGAACAAAAUGGAAACAUACCUGAAUCUCACCACCUGUCGUCGAGCUGAUAUUCUUUCUCACUUCACUUCCAACUCUCCCAGCAGUACACCAAAGAAAGAUUGCUGUGACAACUGUACCCAACUGUUGUCUGGCCGGAGUGCUAAUAAAGGAGUGUCUCGAGUAACUUCUUGCCUUGAUGAUGAAGGGAAGUACGACUUUACUGAGGAUUCCUUGAAUCUCUUAAAGACGGCAGGGGGAGUCCAUGGAAAUUGUUCCAUUGGGUCGCUGAUAUUAAUACUUCGAGGUUCCAAUUGUCAGCGAGUAAAGCCCCACUGGAAAAGACUGUCAACAUUUGGUGCCGGAAAAAAUCGCAGUGAAUCGUAUUGGAAAGCACUAGGCAAGAUGUUAGUUUCUGCUGGAUACAUCUCAGAGACAUCUGUGCGUGCUGGAGGCGAGGGAAGAGGUCGAGGGAGACGAGGCUGGGGUCGAUAUGGUUCUGCUUUCUCAUACGAUGCCAUUGAGACAACUACAAAAGGAUUUCAUGUUUUAGAGGAUCCUAACUGCAAAAUUCUUUUGGCACCAUCAUCUACAAUGCUGGAAGAAUUACGUUACGUCAUCAAGAGAGUGAGACCUGUUACCACUGCCACUAAUGGAGAGUUAUCCCACUCCCGCAUAUUUAACCCCAGUGACUUCCUAAGCCAACAAGCCAGAAGGCAAAUGUUGCCCAAAACACAGGGUAUUGCAUCUGCCUCUGAAUCACUUGGAGUGAGACCUGAAUCUUCAGGAGGAAAAGCAGAGUAUCAGACACAGGAAGAUCUUGUAGAUCCAGAAGAAGAGAAAUUGAAGACUGAGCUAUACAAGUCACUGCUACAGCUACGGAACCGUCUAGGAGAAGAAAAUGGGUUCAUGCCAUAUUUGGUUGCCACAAACAGAGUAUUGCUUUUACUUGCACAGAAUAGGCCUGCUACAUUGAAUGCCUUAAGAAAAAUUGAGGGGCUGGUCGAAGCAAAAGUUCAGAAGUUUGGCCCUGCUCUUGUGGAACACAUCCAGACUUUCUGUAGCAAGACUAAUCUAAAAUGUAUGGCUGAAGAGGGCGAGAUUAAUAAGAUUGAAUCUUGUGUGAGUGUGGAGCCACAACCCUCUACAAGCAGCUGUAUUAAUAGAUUUAUGCCAUCAAGAGUAACUUGCAAUGAUGACAUUAGUGCUUCAUCAGGAUGGAUAUCUGCUUCCAAAACCAAAGCCACAACAAUCAAUACAACCAGAUCAUUUUCCCCUGACUCAGCAGAAAAAUCUGUGAAUAAGAGUACAAAAGGCCCCGAAAAAUUUAGAAUACACAAUAGAGAAGGCCCAGUAUCCCCAAAGGAACAAACACAUCUAAUAGAUCAUUCUACAUCAGGCAAAUAUGUGAAUGUAAAUGAGAAUACUAGAACAUAUCAAAGUGAUUCAAUUCAGAUGAAUACAGACAAUGAACAUCCUGAAAAUUCAUUGGCAAAAUAUAAAGACAGCCAGCAUGCACCAAAAUAUACUGUACCCAAGCUGAGUGGAAAAGAUUUUACUACACAUUCUGGUUUGUUGUCAGAUGAAGACACAGAGAUAUUUGACGAACUUGAUGAAGAAAGUUUUAUGAAUAAUAUGUCCAUAUCUGUUACGUUAGAUACUAAAAUAAAGUUACCAGACUCAGUUGAUACCAAAAUUGUGCCAAAACCAGACAUGCCAAAUGCAGAAACAUGCAUGACCAAAUCUUUUGAAGACACAAAAUUGCUUAACAUAUUCCAGUUUUCUUCAGCACCAGAAUGUAAAUCUAGCAAGAAAAAGGGAGUAUCUUACAGUGAUUCGGAUUCUGAGGGUGAAAGUUCUACUACUGAGAAUUCACAAGAAAAGUAUGAGCGCAUAAUUUCAGAUAAUAAAAGGAAACUUAAAAAUAGUGGAUGGAUUGAUUCUCGUAUGAUGAAAAAGAAAAUAAAAAAAAAUUCACUCUUCACAAAGUAGCACAGUAUUGAAGAGAUUUUAGAAAUUAAAAACUAUAUUGUUUUGAGGCAUAAAAUAUGUUACAAAAUAAUAUCAUAUAAAUUAUAAUUUAAUUAAAAUAUACUUUUUUGUUGUAAAUAAAAGAUGUCAUAAUUCUUUAGGUUCUAUGAAAUAUAUUCAUUAUAUGGCAUGUAAGCUGUAAUUUAAUUAGCAUACAACUUUUUGUUUUAUUUAAAAGAUUUUGUUAGAAAAUUUGAUACCCUUGAUAUAGAUUCCUUGAAUGUCUCAUCAUUUCAUAAGCGAAUUGUUAUUUCAUUCACACUUAAGAAAAUAAAGUAAGAAAUUUGUGUAUAUUUUUUUAGUGUUUUUAAUGAUGUAUUAGGCAAGGAGUAUGCAACUAUCUUAACCCUUAAACUGUCCAAACGUAGAUCUAUGUUUUUUCAACAUUUGAAAGUAUGUAAAAAAAGUAGAUCUUUUCUUUUUUAACAUUUGAAAACGUGUAAAAAAACUUUGAUCUACGUUUUUUUUUUUUGUUAUACUAUUUGAAUAUAUGUAAAAAAAACAUAGAUCUACUUUUGGAGCGCUACGCAUGAAAACAUAGAUCUGCUUGGACAGUUUAAAGGUUAAUGGUAAGAUAUGCUGUAUGCAAUUCAAAAUAUAAAGUAGUUCUUCCUUUAUA